AUGGGUCUCUGCAAGUCCAAGUUGGACCUCGACACGAAACUCGACGACGACUGCGUGGACACAGUUCACAACGGAGGCUCCCAGCAACCGACCAGUUCAACGACCGCGCAGAAGAAGAACAGGGGCGCUUCUUCAGUUCCCGGGGAACGGAGCACAGCAGCGGGGGUGCAACCUAACGCUGGUGGCGGUCGCACGGAGCACAAGUCGCAACAGCAGUCAAGUGCCGCUGCUGGAGAGCAGGAGGGCGCGGCAGUUGGCGCCGCCUCGGAGAGCUCCGGCGGCCGACUUUCGCUUGACCGCCGGUCUGACCGUUUCUUUUUCUCCUUUUUGGGGGCCAGAAGGCGCCUCUCAGUCGCGAACGAGGGAACGCUUCCCCUGGACGGCGAGGCUGCCGCCGCAGACGAAGAAAGUAACCGGAACCGUGCGCAUCACCACUUUCAAGAGUAUAAGGUUCAGUUUGACGAUAAGGGAGCCGUAGUGCGACCACUGCCUAUCACCAAGCAGGAUAGUGCUGCAGAGGUUCUGCACUCGGAGUUGUCCUAUGAACUGCCGCUGGAGCCGCCUGCCGCCCGACCUGCGCUGCGUUUAUCCGCGGGCGUUGUUUCCAGAACCGGCUGGGAACCCGUGCGGAAAGGCAAGGAGAACCAGGAUUCCGCGUGCGUAUUGAUGCCUUUGGUCCCAGCGUGGACUUGCUCGACCUUGGCCCCAAGAGGUGAAAACGAGGUUGCAAAACCCUGCGACAUGCAGUGCAUUCCGCGUCAGCCGUCGAAGCUCGAGCGACGCAUCUCAACCCGAGAUGGCCUCGACAAUCUCAUGGAGGAUAGUUCGGGAACGCGCACCUUCGAUGAUCCGGAGGCGUCGCUUGCGACUGUGACAGUCAUGACUCCACGUCAUCUGAGUUUGCGGCAUUUGCCAGAGAACCCGAACGUGAAGGGUGCCUCCGUACAGUAUCACGAAAUGAUUCUGCGUGCGACAGGGAGCAACAUUCCACCGCAUGUUUUGUCCGAUGCCCUGUGGGCGGUGUUCGAUGGACAUGGUGUCGCUGGACGUCUCUGUUCGCACUACAUUCGAAACAUUGUUCCGAAACUGCUUGCGCGCUUCCUCUACGAUCACGCGCUCCAUGACAAGCCCGCCGAGGCACUACGGCGGACAUGUUUGAAUGCCGAGCAGCUCUUGACUGCACGCGGUGAGCUUCUGGAACUCGAGCCAGAAACCGAUGCAUUUGCCUACCUCUGGAACAACAUGAAAUCGAUGCUGCAUCAGGCGGUGGCAACAGUUCGGGAAAAUUCGCGACCAUCAACCAGCAUGGAAUCUAUUCCAGACGUGGACGAUGAGGAUGACGGGCUGGGCGGGAUCGACUCGCGAUUUAGCGGCACCACGGGCAUCAUUGUCCUGCUUCACGGCCGCGAACUCUUCUGCGCAAACGUCGGUGACUCUCGAGCGGUCCUCGGUCGAAGGCUGACUGGACGCGGGGCGUCUGACGAUGCCGCAGCGACGCGCAGCAAACAGGCGCGAUAUUACGCGGUGGCCCUGAGUGUCGACCACAAGCCCGACCGUCCCGAUGAGCGGAAACGCAUCCAGAACCUGGGAGGCCACGUAGAGUCCUGGCAUGGCAAUAUAGGACCGGCGCGAGUGUGGCUACCGACAACUCGAGUCCCUGGCCUCGCCAUGAGCCGUUCUUUCGGUGACCAGGUCGUGGAGAACAUCGGUGUGAUCGCCGAUCCGGAAAUUUAUCACCUGGAGGUAUGCCCGGCUGAUGCGUUCAUUGUACUCGGUAGCGACGGUAUCUGGGAAUUCCUCAGCAGUGAUGAUGUAGUGCAGUUCGUUGGCAGACGUAAGGAUCAAGGCGAGUCGCCGCAAGCUGUUGCAGAACAACUCGUGCAGGAAGCUGUGCGUCGGUGGAUGGCCGAGGAAUCCGUCAUUGAUGACACCACCUGUAUUGUGGUCUAUCUGGAGCCCGUGGGCGAUGCAUUCACCGACCCGGGUGUCUGCCAACACACGCCACGAAAGGUCGAUUUCCCUGAUUCAUAG